UCUUUCUCUCAAAUCUCACAUACAAUGAAGCUAACAAAUGAUCAAUUUCUUACUUCUUUUUUCAUAUUACUGAUCAUUUCCUAUGUAACAUCUGCUCGUCUGCUGCCUACAAGUUAUCGAGAUAUCAAGAAAGCUGAAGUUAAUGGGAUUACUCAUUCAAUUUCCACGCAAGAAGACUUCAACAAUCUCAUGGGAUUGGAGAAAUGUGAAGACAGAGAUGAAGCUUGUUUAAACAGAAGGAUUGUAGCUGAAGCUCACUUGGAUUACAUAUAUACUCAAAACAAGCCUAAGCCCUAAAGAGGGAUCCUGAAAUUCAAACUAUAGAUUAAACUACAAAAUCUGUUUACAACUAGAGGUUUAGAUAUGAAAAGUUAUAGGAACCAGCAACGUGUUUAAAUGUAUCAUAAGAUGUAUUAUAUUUUAUGAGCUAUGAAUAAGUAGUUAAAGUUU